GCACGUGCAGUCUGCUAAAGAGCUAAAGUUUCGAUCUCAUAGACCCGCGCUGAGAGAGUGAAUUAGAUGUGAAUAUGGCCCUGGGCUCUGUUGUGGACAAUGCAAACGGCGUCCAAGUGAAGCAAGAAGAAAGCAGCUCAAGUGAUGAUACAUCGUCCAGCGCAAACACUGUAAGCGGGUCAGGAACCACAGCUGCUGAAGUACUCAAGAAGGGACUCAAGAUGAAGGUAGAGCAUUUAAGCAAUGGCCACUCUGAUGCCACUGUGAACGGAUCGUCAUCUCCAACUGAAGAGAACAAUAAUGCCAAUGAAAAGAAGGGCAAAGAGUUGGCAACAAAUGGGGUGCAUAAAGGAAAGAAGGGCAAGAAAUCUGGUGAGGAAGAAGGUGAAGGGGAGGAAGAGAGUACUAAGAAGGAUGAGCAGGAAGUUGUGUUCAUUCAGGAUAUGGGAUUCACAGUGAAGAUUGUCAGUCCUGGCAUUGAACCCUUUGACAUCCAGGUAUCCAGCAUGGAGCUUGUCCAAGAAAUUCAUCAAUUGUUGAUGGAUCGUGAAGAUACCUGCCACCGAACAUGUUUCAGCCUCCAGCUCGAUGGCAAUACACUUGAUAAUUUUGCAGAGCUAAAAAAUAUUGAGGGACUUUCGGAGGGUUCCGUCAUUAAAGUUGUUGAGGAACCCUACACUAUGAGGGAGGCCAGAAUUCAUGUACGCCAUGUGAGAGAUCUUUUGAAGUCUCUUGACCCUGCAGAUGCGUACAAUGGAGUAGAUUGCAGUUCCCUUGCAUUUCUGAAUGUGGUAACUCAGGGUGAUAUCACAGAAAAAAAAAAGAGCCGUCCAGAAAGUGUCGACUGUACUCCUCCAGACUAUAUUAUGCCCAGUAGUCGGGAGCGGCCCUUGUUGCCUAUUCAGCCCCAACAUAAGGAACAGAAGGGCCCCCAGUGUGUUAAAGUUCUAACCACUUCAGGGUGGAAUCCUCCUCCAGGCUACAGGAAAAUGCAUGGUGAUCUCAUGUACUUGUAUGUCGUUACUCUAGAGGAGAAGCACUUCCACAUUACAGCUUGCUCAAGAGGAUUCUUUGUAAACCAGUCAUCUGAAGAGGAUUUCAACCCAAAGCCAGCAUCACCAAGCCACCUUUGUCACUCAUUGAUUGAACUUUUAAGUCAAAUCAGCCCUGCAUUCAAACGUAAUUUCUCUACUCUUCAGAAGAAACGAACUCAAAGACACAUUUUUGAGAGAGUUGCCACACCUUAUCAAUUAUAUGCUUGGUGUGCUCCACAAAUGGAACACACGGUUGAUGCCAUUCGAGCAGAGGACACAUUCUCAUCCAAACUGGGAUAUGAGGAGCAUAUACCUGGUCAAACAAGAGAUUGGAAUGAAGAAUUGCAGACAACUCGCGAGUUGCCUCGCAAGAACCUUCCAGAAAGACUGUUGAGAGAACGAGCCAUCUUCAAAGUUCACAGUGACUUUGUCGCUGCUGCUACUCGUGGAGCAAUGGCAGUAAUUGAUGGCAAUGUUAUGGCAAUCAACCCAGGAGAUGAAUCCAAAAUGCAAAUGUUUAUUUGGAAUAAUAUAUUCUUCUCACUUGGCUUUGAUGUGAAAGAUCAUUACAAAGAACUAGGAGGAGAUGCUGCAGCAUUUGUUGCCCCAAGGAAUGAUCUUCAGGGUGUUCGCGUGUACAGCGCUGUUGAUUUGCCAGGCCUGUACACGCUGGGAACAGUUGUUAUUGAUUAUAGAGGGUACCGUGUAACUGCUCAGUCCAUCAUCCCUGGAAUUCUUGAGAGAGAGCAGGAGCAGUCUGUUGUCUAUGGCUCUAUUGACUUUGGCAAAACAGUUCUUUCACAUCCCAAGUAUAUGGAACUGCUUGCUAAAGCAGGUCAGCAGUUGAAGAUACAGCCACACAAAGUUCUGAAUGAUAAGGGUGAAGUAGUUGAGCUUUGCUCCUCAGUAGAGUGCAAAGGCAUCAUAGGAAAUGAUGGACGUCACUACAUUUUGGAUCUUUUACGAACCUUCCCUCCAGAUGUGAAUUUCUUAAAAUUAGACGAUGAAGAGCCACUCAGUGAAGAAGUUCGGGCUAUGGGCUUUCCUAUCGAACACAAGCACAAACUGUGCUGUCUACGUCAGGAGCUUAUUGAUGCCUAUGUUGAGUCAUGUUACCUGAGAUUUAUCAAAUAUGCUGCAGUUCACUUGCAGCAGUUGGGAAGGAAACAGCAAGAGCGGAAGCAAAUUGAAUCUGCUAAAGAAAAAGCAAUCAAUGAGCAAAACCAGAAAGAAUCUGAUGCUGCAGACAAGAAAGAUGCUGAAAAGAAAGAAUCUAAGAAAGACUCCAAGGAUGAGAAAGAAAAAGAUGGUGAAAUGGAAGCAGAUGAAGCAAAGAAAUUAGUUGAGAGCAUUACAGAUUCCUUGACCAAUGGUGAUAAGAAGGAUUUGGAAGAAAGUACAAGGUCAAUUGUACGCCAGGCAGCAGAGCAUGUUGGGUCUCUGAAAGAGGCUGAGUUUGACAUAAGCUUCAACCCUGAUGUGCACUCUCCUGGUGUACAGCAUGUUAGUCCUGAUGGACCACAACUCAAGAAGGAGCGAAAUCUUGUUAGAGAUGCUGCUCGGUUCUUGGUCAGCACCCAAAUCCCUGGCUUUAUCCGUGACUGUUUAGAUCAUUCAAUGCCUAUGAUGGAUGGUCCCACUCUCGCUGAAUCUUUACACACUCGUGGUAUCAACAUUCGGUACCUCGGUAAGGUAGCUGAGCAACUAGCUGGUGUUCAGCAGCUUGAGUACCUGUAUCACAUUGCUGUCAGUGAAUUAGUAACCCGAUCCGCCAAGCAUUUGCUGACAACAUACAUGCAAUCUGUUGAGCUAAUGAGCCUCUCAGCAGCUGUCAGCCACUUCCUUAACUGCUUUCUCUCGUCAUGUGCUGUGCCUCAUCCCCAACAGGUUCCUGAUGAGCUGCAAAGUCGUACGAAACGGCGCAAUAAAAGGAAGGGACGAGGCACCAACUCCCUCAUUGCUGCAGACAGUCUUGAGUGGGCUUCACUUACACCUCGCUCACUGUGGUCUCAGCUUCGUGCAGACCUCAAAUCAUAUUAUGGAUGGGCUCUUCCUGUUGAUAACAUUGAUGCUUUAGUAGAGACAUUCAGUCUCCAAAAGAUUUCGUUGCUGAGGUCGUUUUGCAUUAAAACAGGUAUCCAAAUUUUGCUUCGAGAGUAUACUUUUGACUCUAAGAACAGGCUGACAUUCUUUGAAGAAGAUAUCCUAAAUAUCUUCCCAGUUGUAAAGCACAUUAAUCCUCGAGCAAGUGAUGCUUACAACUUCUAUACUACUGGACAAAACAAAAUUUCACAAGGAUUUAUGAAAGAUGGAUAUGAGCUGAUUUCAGAAGCUUUGAACCUUUUGAAUAAUGUUUAUGGAGCUAUGCAUCCUGAAAUUGCUCAGUGUUUGCGUAUGCUAGCCCGCUUAAGUUAUUUGAUGGGUGAGCAUGUUGAUGCCUUGUCAUAUCAGCAAAAGGCAGUCCUCAUGUCUGAAAGGGUUAAUGGCAUUGAUCAUCCCAACACCAUCACUGAAUAUACUCAUCUGGCCUUAUACUGCUUCGCCAAUAGCCAAGUUAGCACUGCUCUAAAACUUCUGUAUAGAGCUCGCUAUCUUGCUCUCCUUGUUUGUGGGGAGAACCAUCCUGAAAUUGCCUUGCUUGAUAGCAAUAUUAGUUUGAUUCUUCAUGCAGUUGGAGAGUUUGAAUUAUCAUUGCGAUUCCUAGAAAAAGCUCUGGCGCUCAAUAUCAGAUAUUAUGGAUCAAAUUCUAUCAAAGUUGCAGUUAGCUACCAUCUGGUAGCCCGAACCCAAAGUUGUAUGGGUGAUUUCAGAGCUGCUUUGAACAGUGAGAAGGAAACUUAUUCCAUUUACAAACGACAGCUUGGUGAGGAUCAUGAGAAGACUCGGGAGUCAUCAGACUGUUUACGCCAUUUAACUCAACAAGCAGUUGUACUCCAGAAAAAGAUGAAUGAAAUUUACACAGGAAAGCCGGGUGCCAGCUUGCCUCCAAUUCAGAUCCAACCUCCCUCUAUGGGUUCAGUUUUAGAUAUGCUCAAUGUUAUCAAUGGCAUUCUCUUUUUACACAUUAGCCCUCAUGACAUUGAGAUUUUGAAGGCAGAAAUGGAGAAGAGGCAGCCUUCAGGUGCUUCAAAUUCAGAGGAAAAGGCUGCAAUUGAAGGAAAAGGAGAGGAUGAAAAAACAGCUGUACCAACAACUGACAAGACUGAUAGUGAUACCGCUGUGGCUGCAUCAAGUUGAGAGAGACUUGAUGGCCAUUGGACUAGCGACCUGAACAAUUUUUAUGACUGCAAUAUUUGUGGCCUUGUGCUGCCUUGUAAGGGAGCCUCACCUCUUCUGGGGUGCAAAUGGAGGCCAUGUGACCAGCAAUUGGAACAAACAUAGGAAUGAAAAUGCAAUGCCCAUCUUAGUGCUCGUGUGCUAUUGCAGGAAAGUGUUGUUUUGUCCUCCACAUGAUAUUUCAUUACUGUAGUUGUGAGCUACAACAGUGCAGGAUGAUGGUUCUCUAAGUUGCCAGUGCAUGUGAGCAUCCAAUAUAAUUGGUCUACUGGUCUGGAUGCUGCUGUGAAACUGGUGCAUGUACUACCACUCUAGCUAGAGUUCAAUUAUUUGAUCUUUAUCACUUUAUGUUUUACUGAGUCUUUGUUAUACACCAAAUGUUUUAGUUUGUUUUGAGCUGUUAUAUUCUUGAGCCUAGUGUUCUUGACUCAAGAUUGUUGUCGUUGAGGUGCUAAGACAAAUAAUUGUUCAGUUACGUAUUGUUAUCGUAGGCUGAUAGAAUUUUAUAACGUGUGCACAUGAUCAGUUAAAAUGUGCAGGUGGCCUUAUUGUUUGUUUGUAAUGUGAUAUGUGUGCACAUGAGUGCCAGCCUGUAGUUUAAGUCAUACCCUGUUCCCUAGGUAAUAGAAUUGAACAAAAUAGUUUUUAUAAAGUUGCCUUUUUUAUAGUUUUAGAAUAAUGUGCAUUGGUAUUCAAGGCAUGAUGAGCACUAAAGCAAUAAUGUGAUUCUGUGGCCUUUAUUGUCAUUGCCUAUGUCAUCCCAUCAUUAACAUCUGCCAUUCUCAUUGUUUUCUCCCCUCAUUUCUAGUUAGAGCCAUUAACUCCAAUAGAUUUGCCAAAGGUUUUUUUUUCCAUCCUGCCCUAUUUUAAAUCUUUAUUCUUCCUUGUCAUUGUGCUCUAUCAAUCGAUGGGUGUCAUGUGCAGUGGGACAAGUCAAGAACAAAAUAUUUUCAUUGCAUUGAGGUUUGAAGUAUGUGAUGCUCUCGUGCUGAGAGUAAUCAUUCUACUCCUUUGCCCGGCUUCAUAGCUGGACAGUAGUCAUGAAGAGUAGGUUGUGGUAGCUAUUUAGUGUAGUCCCUGUGUUGUAGUGAUUGUAUUGUUAUUGAAUCGGUUAACAUUCCAUCUUGGCUGGUGUGGAGCUACUGUGCUGUACAGUGCCCCACUCCACCAAUCGAGACUGUUGACCUCAUGACUUGACACCAAAUGAUGCAUCAAACAGUUUGAGCAUUUGAGCCCUAGAUUUCUAUAAAUUUGUAUUUUCUUUUUUUGCUAUGAAAUUUUGUGGAAGAACCCAGACCUAUUUUCAGAAUUAUGGCAAAUGUUUUACAUAAGAAAAUGAUAUAUUUCAAUAUGUAUUGUGAUAAUGUUUUUAAAUGUGAAAUGAUGUUGCUGAUCCUGACUGUUGAGUGAGUGCUUUAUAUUUUUCAUAAGUGUAUGGGUAAUUGCUCAAACAAGUCCAAGGAUAGUGGUUUUUAUCAUUCUGAUUUUGAAGUAAGGUAUGAGAAGUAUGCAUCUCUAUUUGCAUUAAUUGUGGUACAUGACUGUAUUGUAAGGUGGCUUCAGGUAAUGAAGUUUAUUUAGUGCCAAUGGAUUUGUCCUGAGCAUGAACCAUACAAUUUACAGAAUUCUGGUCAAAUUCCUUCAAGACUUCUUUACUUUUGGCUUGUGAUCUGUUAAGGGUAUGGCUUUUUAGUACACUAUUUUGGCUGCAGUUUAACGGGUGUUUACACUACCCUCCAUUGGUGAUGGUCAUGUUAGCAAUAAUAGUGAUACAUGUAAUUUUGCUUUCAGUAACAGGGCCAUUAAAAUGUAAUGAUGUAGCUUGCUUUAGAAUGUGUAUUAAAUUGUGUCAGGUUUCUGAAUUUGCCUCUGCUCCAAUUUAGUGCUGUCCACUGACUUUACUUUAUAGUGCCAUACUUUGAGCAGUCAUAAUUAAAAUAAGUCAAAUAAUUCAAAAUUUGGUAAGUUGGCAAUAAUGCAUUAAUGAUCUGUGUAUACUUGGUAAAAAUUUUAAGAAGACUUAUUGGCGGAGAAAAGCCUGUAAUCAUUGUGUAAAAGUGAUGUUUCCAAUUGUUUACUAAACAUUGCAAAGUUUAUUACAAACGUUUUUCUUUUUAUUUUGUUGAAUCUUCAUAUAUUUUGCUAGUCAUCAGAUAAUACCUGUUAAAUUUGUUAAUGUGUUAUUAAGGGUGUGUUGCAUCGUUACAUAUUCUUGCUCAAGUCAUCAUUGAUCCAUAACACUACAAUUUGAUAGGGUUUGAAUGUAUUUUCCUUCAUUAGUUUCAAAACAUGUCAUUGAAACUAGCCUGUAUGUGAGAACUGUUGUUCUGAUGGUUCCAGGUCAUGUAACUAAUAAAAUUGAAAUGUUUGUUGGGUAACCAAUGAAA